UUUCUCUGGAAAGAAGAAACAGUUACUCUAACAAAAGCAGGAUAAAGUAUAUUAACAUUCUUGAUUUUAGAAGAAACAAGGAAUGAGCAGUUGUCCCAAUGUGUUAGACAUAUAGUGCACAUAAUAAUAGCUCUCCACUUUUUGUGAAUAACUUUCCAUCUAAAAUUUCUAAUGUUUACUUUUUUAUUUACAUCUAUUAAUAUUAUAGACACGUCAACAUUCACAACAACUUCUGCUCCAGAUUCCUCUGUUGCUAUCAGUCUAAGCAUUGUUCUGGCUCUCCUGCUAAUUGGAGGAGCAGCGCUGGUCUUUUUUAUUGUAAUUAGAAAGAAAAAACAAGGCUCCACCCCUUCAGCCAGAACCAAUCACAGUGACCAUAAAGAGGUUCCUGCUGUGGUCAGUAAUGAUGAAGAGACUGGACUCACCACCCAAACUCCACCCAAAGACCAAGAGAUCACCUACUCCACCUUAACUCCACCCAAAGACCAAGAGAUCACCUACUCCACUGUGAGUUUCCAUAAGAACCCAGGUUCUUCCACUGAUGCCUCAGUUAGAGUCAGUAAGGAGGAACCUGAAACUGAAUAUGCCAUCAUCAAACGUCCAAAAUAACUGAAAUAACUCAGUUAAUAAACACUGGAGUAACUGUUUAUCACCAACUCACUGAUAGAUAUACAAAUACCAGUCUUAAAUACACCAUAGAAUACUAUAUUUACUGAGGUUUUAUCUUAGAAGAUUUGUUUGAUGUUUAUAUACCAGAUGAUGUUUCACAAUUCAAUUUACCACCCUGUUAUUUUGCCUCAAAGUGAAACACACUGAUUUCUGUUUUGUCAAAGAACUUAAAAAAAAAAAGAAUUGAAGACUUAUUAUUUCAUUGGAUGCUUAAGUCACUGAAGAAGCCCACAUCGGCAUAGCAAAGCAUAGCUUAGCAUAGCCUAGCCUAGCCUUGGUUAGCACUGUAAAUAAAGCAUUACCCAAUAGUAUUUCUGUUUGUUCCAGGUAGUAUUAACAUGGUGUUUGGUUAGCUAGCUAAAGAGAUUGUACCAAGUUAGCCCUUUUAGAAACCAUAUAACUUUAUCAGCGUCCUUAUUUAGUAAGAACCUUUAAAUAGUAUUUCAACACAUGUGACAGUGUUAGCUUUUAGCAUUUUAACAUUACUUUACUUACUUAGUCUACAUAUUCUCCUAAAAUUGUUAUUGUGUUCAGCCUACUAAUGCUUUUUUCUAGUGGUGGAGUUUAUAUACAUUUAUUAAGUGUAAAUAACAGGAAUCAAGAUUUUUAAGUGUGUUAUAGUUGUGAGGUUAUGGAACUGGCUUAUUUCCCAGCUCUGUGUUGGUUCAACUUGAUGUUCUUUUGAAGAUGUAAAAACAGUGUUUGAUGUUCACCGUUGAUGUUUCUUUUAUGUAUUCAACUAUCAUUUUUAACCUUUACCAGGAAAAACACAGGUUAAUGCUCUAGAGCUCCUGUUAUGUGGAAUAAUAAACAAUAAAAGCACAUUUCUUUCCGAAUGCCAAUCAAUACAGACAUUAGUUUAU